GGAGAGUCGCUCAGUGUAUGUAGAGCGGUCAGGGAGAACAGUGCGAUCUUUUUAUCUCCAAGAAGAGGGAGCAGCCCCAUGCACUUACCCACACACAUACCCACAUACCCACACACAUAUACAUACACAUACCCACAUAUACCCACACAUACCCACACACAUACCCACAUAUACACACAUACACACACACAUACACACAGCAGGAUGGGAGCCCCGGCAGCUGCCAUGGGAUUAUAAAUCUGGGAGGGGAGCACUUGCUACAGGUCAAGGUGGAGCAUGCAGCAAAAAUUAAGAGCAGGGAAAAAUCCUUGGAAUAUGGUAUUGCUGCAAAGGCAUUCCUAGUUGUACUGUGGUGGAUAAAGGCUUCUGAACCUUGGGCUGAGAGAGAUCUUCCCCUUGUCUUCCAAAGAAGAGCAAUUUAUGUUGGCCCUGCAUCAGAAUGCUGGGCAAGAGAUGGUGACCCAGUGGCCUCCAACCAUGGCCAGUUCCACAGUUACCCCAUUGACCUCAAAUGCUACAGAAGAAUACGAUCCUUUAGGUGGACAUGCGGUUUGGGAAGUGGUCCUCAUUGUUAUUACGACCGGCAUCCUGUCUUUGGUUACAGUCAUUGGGAAUGUCCUUGUUCUCUUAGCUUUCAAGGUCAACAGUGAUUUAAAAACAGUCAACAAUUACUUUCUGCUCAGUUUGGCCUGUGCUGAUAUCAUCAUUGGUGCAUUGUCCAUGAAUUUAUAUACCACAUACAUUGUUAUGGGGCGGUGGGCACUGGGCCCUGUCUCCUGCGACCUGUGGCUGGCACUAGAUUAUGUUGCAAGCAAUGCAUCUGUCAUGAACCUGCUGAUCAUCAGUUUUGACCGCUACUUCUCUAUAACACGGCCACUUACAUAUAGAGCUAAGAGGACACCAAGGAGAGCUGCAAUUAUGAUUGGCAUGGCAUGGUUCAUCUCUUUUGUGCUAUGGGCUCCUGCCAUAAUAUUCUGGCAGUACAUUGUGGGUGAGAGGACAGUGGAAGCCACCGAUUGCUACAUACAGUUCUUUAGCCAGCCUAUCAUCACCUUUGGCACUGCUAUUGCUGCCUUUUACCUACCAGUUACCAUUAUGAUUAUACUAUAUUGGAGGGUUUACAGAGAAACAGAGAACCGAAGCAAAGAAUUGGCAGGGUUGCAGGGUUCAGGGACAGAUCAUACUUCCCACCCUCUUGCUUUGGGUAGCGUCAGAAGUGGAAGCAGCAGUGGAGCUGGAGAAUCUGAAAGACUAUCAAGAGGGCAAAGGACGGUGCCAAGAGCUAAGCAGGGGUGUUGUUUCCCUCGUCAGCUUACUUCUAACCCAUCUCUCAGGAGUUACCCAGAACAUCGAAGCAAUGGCAGUUGUAACACCAUGGAAGAUGCUGCCUCUGCAGACUCUCUCUCUUCCUCUUCUGAAGCAGAGGAUCGUCCAUAUGAAAUGAAGAACAUCUGUUCAGCAGUCAUACGGCUUCCCAUGGUCAGCUCUGUCGUAGGGACACCCAAAGGCUCAAGGGGAUCUAGCGACACUUUGGGAAGAGGUGAUAUUGAGGCGGAGACCAAUGGUGGGAAAAGCGAGGUUACAAGGAAAACAUCCAGGGCGCAAGUCACUGCUCUGCCCUCAACCAUCAUCAGAGCCAAGUCUGAAAAAAAUCAUCAUGGGAAGAGAAAAAGCAACUCUCUCAUAAAGGAGAAGAAGGCAGCAAAGACAUUAAGUGCCAUUUUGCUGGCUUUUAUUUUGACAUGGACCCCAUACAAUAUAAUGGUGUUAGUGUCCACAUUCUGUCCGGAUUGUGUUCCAAAGAAAUUAUGGGAGCUAGGUUACUGGCUGUGCUACGUCAACAGCACAGUCAACCCAAUGUGUUAUGCACUCUGCAACCGAUCUUUCAGACGCACUUUUAAAAUGCUGCUUCUUUGUCGGUGGGACAAGCGCAAGUGGAGAGCACACAAACAUCCAGCACCUUUCUUCAGGACUCCAUCACAAUGAGCGGAUGCAUCACCUUAAAGGACACAGAUAAAGUUCUGCAUUAUUUGUGUGUAGAACUGAACUGGAUGCCAGAUGGAGUCUCCAUGCUUGUGUGACCCGGGAUGAUGGCAAGAAAUGCUGAAUCCUGUACAGCAAAAGGGGCGGAAGAAGGAGUACCACGAGGUCGGCUCUUUGUAGCUCCCCAUGAAUACUGCUCUGACCAUGUACUUGAGGCAAUUCCUCAGUGGUUUUACCAGGUCUUGUGCGGUAUGCAGAACUCACUGAGGGCCAGGGGUAGUUUGGUAGGUGGCCAGACUUACCAUUCAAAAGAUAAUUUGUUCAUUUUUGGGAAAAAAACGGAUGCCUGAUAUGCCAAACCAAACAAGGACAGGCCAAAGAACAUGAUAAGGAUUUUCUACUGUUUACAGAGCAUAGGGAGGGGUUGGUUGUGUAUUUAUUCAAAAUAAAGACUCUUACCACAAAGUCAUCAGAUCUUGUUCUUUAUGCAAAGUCAACUUUGCCCAACACGGUAUGGCAACUGCACUGCCAUCUUGUUUGCUCCUUUCUGAUAUAAUGAGCUACCACGGCAACAGGAUGAAAUGGAUGUCUGUGACGGUUAUGUUCCUGCAAGUCUGUAAUGAGCACUAUGGUCCCAUUUUUGUUGCCCUGCUCUAUGGACAUUUGGUUCUCGUUUACUUAAACGAUGAAAUGUGUGUUGAUGUCAUGGUGCACUUGACAAUGUGAGUUGAACAAUAAGCCCAGCUCUGUUCUUGUAACAUAAGUGGCCAUCGGUCUUUAAGAUCAUUAACCGUGCUUAUUAGCAUGACAUCAUUUACAUCUUCAACCAAAACCAUAAAGCUACAUAAAGUCUCUUGCUUUGUUAUGACACAAUGUAUGCCUUUGUUCAAGUGGAGUCUGCUUUCUAUCUAUCUCCUACUGUAUAGACUGUGUGAGUGUUGCAGUAAACUCAAAGAACCCCCUGAGUGCAGCAGACAGAGAUGGAUUAAGACUUAGCUUGGGUCCCGGGUGGCACGGAAGGCAUGGGCUACUUGGAAGCUGGCCUAUUUUCCUUUAAGUGCCCCAUUCACCACACUUUUUACUGUACUCCUUGAUUGAUCACCAUUGUGCAUAUUCUUUUGGCCUUGAAAUGAAUCACUGACGACCAUGUGGCAUUUACAAUAUAUAACAAAUACCCUGAAAGCAUAGCAUAAUGUAUGUACCAAGGAAUGCCACAUAAAAUGUAAGAGCUGGGAAAAUGAUAUCACAUAUUACAAGAAUGGAGGUGGCUAAAAAAUGACAGCAAAUACAAUCAAUAAAAUCUAAUGAGUCUG